AUGGGCCAACGAAUGACUCGUCGACAAGUCGACGAAGGCCUGGAAUUGUAUGCAGGCAAGAAUUAUGAUGCUGCAAUCAAGAAAUGGACUAUUUCAUUGCAAAAAAUGAAAGACAAUCGACUCCGAUUUUCAACAUUGGGUUAUUUAGCUGCUGCGUCACGAGAUCGGGGACGAAAUAAGGAUUAUCUGGUAUAUGCAGUGCAACAAAUCGACAUUGCCCACGAAAUCGAUGAUAAUAAUCUUCGUGCUCAAGCAUAUUUAACCUUAUCACGCGCCAACGAAAUGUUAGCCGAUUAUUUCAAAGCCGUUAGUUAUUCACGUUCGGCUGUACAAUAUUCAUCACCAGGCGAAUCGGUACAAGGCUAUGCUUUACUCGUCAUGGCUGAUUCGUAUAUCGGUUUAUGCAAUUUUUCAAAAGUACUCGAAUGCUUGGACAAAGCUUUGAUUAUAUCACACGAAAAAGAAGAUCGUCUCAUGGAAAUUCAUGUUAUGAGUACAAUGGGAAAAGUGUAUCUCGCACUAAAAGAUUUUACCAAAGCAUUAGCAUUUCAACGACGUGCACAUGAACUCUCUUUGUCAUAUGCCAAUUCAACUGUCGAUCAAAAUGCGGAUCUCAGUUCGAAAUUUGUUCGUUUGACUAAAUUGAAACUAGCAACACCCAUGCGGCUAAUGGGUGACUAUGAAAGUGCAACACGUUCUGUCGAAGAAGCAAUGCGAGCUGCGACCAGCGUUGGAGACCGACCUGUUCAAGCCAAGUGUCUCGUGUGUAUUGGUGACAUACAACGUUCGCAAAACAAUAAUGAGGUCGCGUGUAAAAAAUAUGAAGCAGCAAUUCCAAUGUUGCAGGAUAUGAAUGAUCGUUAUAGUUAUACAUUAGCAAUGAUCGGACUGGUGAAAGCUUCGUUAACAUUGAACACACCAAAACAAACAGUCACAGAUAUUCUAGCAACAGCUUUGUCGACGGCAUUAGCUAUGGGAAAUAAAUUAAUGCAGGCUCGAUGCCAUCUGUUAAAUGAGAGCAUUUAUCUAUCUGACAAUCGAAUGGAAGAGGCACGACAAGCGCAUGAGACGGCUGAACGUCUCUUCCAGGAAGCUGAUCUUGUAUGCUCAGUGUGUCAGAAGCCGAUGGGUAUGCAAUCGGAUCAUAUUCAAAUUUUGACAUGUACACAUAUUUUUCACCAACGAUGCAUAACCGAUCUGUUACAAAAGUGGGCCCGUCAAGCACAAUCGUGUCCGAAAUGUCACAGGAAUGUUCUAUACAGUCGUAGCUACAUUGCAUUAGUGUGCAUAUGA